AAAUCCAGAGCCUCCCACUUCCUUCCCCUGGUGCGAACAAGCUCUCGGCAUCUUCCUCCUCGCUCCUCCCUUCUUUUCUUCCUCUCUUCCCCGGAGACAAGAAGAAGAAGCCCAGAGGGAUCUCAGAGAGAAGGGAGAGCGAGCGAGCGAGCGAGAGAGAGAAAGAGAGAGGAGCCAUGGAAACCCUAAUGGUGGAUCGAGUUCAGAGCAGUCUCCGCCUCUUCAUGAAUCGAAACGCCAUUUUCCUCUGCGAGCGCCUCUGUGCCGAGUUCCCCUCCGAGCUUAAUUUGCAACUGCUGGCCACUUGUUAUCUGAGAAACAACCAGGCUUAUUGCGCAUACCAUAUUUUGAAAGGGUCAAAAAUGCCUCAGUCCCGCUACUUGUUUGCAAUGUCAUGCUUUCAGAUGAAUCUUCUUCGUGAAGCUGAAGCAGCACUGUGUCCAGCCAAUGAGCCUAAUGCAGAGGUUCCAAAUGGAGCAGCAGGCCACUAUCUUCUUGGUCUCAUUUAUAGGUACACUGGUAGGAGGACAUGUGCAGUUGACCACUUUGUGCAAGCUUUGGGCAUAGAUCCUCUUUUAUGGGCUGCAUACGAGGAACUGUGUAUACUAGGUGCUGCAGAAGAGGCAAGUGAAUAUUUUAAUGAUGCGGCUGCUUUUCGUGUCCAGCAGCAGCAGUUAUCUGAAUCAAGUUCUCAGAACUUGACCAUUGGCACUGAGUAUCAAAGUCUACCUUCUAGUAUGGCAUUGGGCUCAGGGGAUACAAGUCCAAGGCACUCAAAACAACUGCAUGCUAACAACACAAGAGAGACCCUGAGUCAUCCUCAUGGCACAGUAAUGGCAGCAGGGCAUCCUACAAUUAGCGGGCCAUCUAAUAUAUCACAGUAUUACACUCCUCCAGCAGUUGCGCAGCUAUCUGGGGUAGCUCCACCACCUCUUUGUAGAAAUGCACACCUAUACUUAAAUGCAAUUGGUGGCGAUGGCUCUACGAAGUCCAACGUAAAUGCAGCAAUUCAAGCCCCCAGGAGAAAGUUUGUGGAUGAAGGGAAACUACGGAAGGUAUCGGGGAGAUUAUUUUCUGAUUCAGGACCUCGACGAAGUACAAGACUCUCUGGUGAAGCAGCUGCCAAUACAAACUCAAAUGCCUCACAACUUGGAGGGAAUGGAACAAAUCAUUCUUCUGCUAAGUAUCUUGGAGGACUCUAUUCUUCAUCAUCAUCAUCAAAAACAAAUUCAACAGUCUUACGUUCUGUGACGCUUAGAAGGGGACAACCAUGGGCUAAUGAAAAUUUUGAUGAAGAUAAUACAGUAACAACUUCAUCUUCUAUGUCAGCCUUACCUGAUGGUAAAUGCCUCGAGCAAGAUAAGAUGGGCUGUGGAAUUUUGGCACAUGACUCAAGACUGACAAGUGGUAUCCGGGAGUUUUUGGGCCUCUUGCGGACUCUUGGAGAAGGUUACAGGCUUUCCUGUUUGUACAGAUCCCAGGAAGCACUGGAAGUUUAUCUAAGACUUUCACAACAUCAGUUUAAUACUGGAUGGGUGCUAUCCCAGGUAGGUAAAGCACAUUUUGAAUUGGUAGAUUAUUUUGAGGCUGAUCGCUUCUUCGAUUUGGCGCGCCGGGUGUCACCAUACACUUUAGAGGGAAUGGAUAUCUACUCUACUGUUCUUUAUCAUUUGAAGGAGGAAAUGAAGUUAAGUUACCUUGCUCAGGAGCUUAUCUCGGUUGAUCGAUUAUCACCUCAAGCUUGGUGUGCAAUGGGAAACUGUUAUGGCCGGCAGAAUGAUCAUGAAACUGCACUGAAAAAUUUCCAGCGUGCAGUGCAUCUAGACCCAAGAUUUGCAUAUGCUCACACACUUUGUGGCCAUGAGUAUGUUGCCCUGGAGGAUUUUGAGAAUGGAAUAAAAUGCUACCAAAGCUCACUUCAAGUAGAUGAAAGGCAUUAUAACGCAUGGUAUGGUCUUGGGAUUGUGUACCUCCGCCAAGAGAAGUUUGAGUUUGCAGAGCAUCAUUUCCGAAAAGCUUUCCAUAUAAACCCACGUUCCUCUGUUCUUAUGUGCUAUCUGGGAAUGGCGCUGCAUUCACUGAAGAGAGAUGAGGAUGCCCUAGAGGUUAUGGAGAAGGCUAUCUCAGCUGAUAAGAAGAAUCCACUUCCUGUGUAUCAGAAGGCUAACAUACUUUCAAGUCUUGAAAGAUUUGAUGAAGCUUUGAAAGAGUUGGAGCAGCUGAAGGAGUGCGCUCCUCGUGAGAGCAGUGUCUAUGCAUUGAUGGGCAAGAUCUAUAAGAGACUUAACAUGCAUGAGAAGGCAAUGUUCUAUUUUGGUCUUGCCUUGGAUUUAAAGCCUCCUGCAGCUGAUGUUGCUACCAUUAAGUCGGCAAUGGAGAAGCUAUACUUACCAGAUGAAUUGGAGGACACUCUUUAGAUUGUCUAUUUAAAAAGGAGCGGCAAGAGUUCACUGCGCUAGCUCAGCCUGCUUGUGCUUUCGAGUAGCCUAGAAGAAGAAAGCAGCUCCCAGCAACUUAUUUGCAUGGGUUUCCUGUGCGAGUGUAACAUUAAUCUCCAGUUUUGUCGAUUUAGUUUUCAGAAAAGGAUUGAGAGAUUCAGAUGGAGGAGCUGAAACAUCCAAAAAACUUGUACGAGGAAAAUAGUUUUGUGAUUGUGCCUGAAAUGCUUGUAUCAUUGUUUCAUAAUAGAAAUCUCAUUGUAGGCAAUAAAGAACACAUUUAAAGAACAGCAGUGCUCGCUCGCUAGCAGAAUUGCAAGACAUGGUGAGCUGACACUGUUAGGGUACUCCCACAACAAAGGAAUUUGUAAAGAUGAGCGUUCAUCACUUCUCGGUACCA